AUGCCUCGUGGACCUCGUAAGCACCUUAAGCGCAUGAGCGCACCCAAGCACUGGAUGCUUGGGAAAUUGGAUGGGAUUUGGGCACCACGUCCAUCUUCAGGUCCGCACAAGUUGCGUGAAUGCUUGCCACUGAUUAUUAUCCUGCGCAAUCGUCUGAAAUACGCGCUUACAAAGCAGGAGGUGACGAUGAUUUGUAUGCAAAAGAGCGUGAAAGUCGAUGGAAAAGUUCGUGUUGAUCCGAAUUUCCCAGCUGGUUUUAUGGAUGUGGUUGAGAUACCCAAGUCAGGUGAUCAGUUCCGUCUCAUGUAUGACACAAAGGGCCGCUUUGUGUUGCACCGUAUUUCGGAUGAAGAGAAGAAGUUUAAGCUUGCAAAGGUUAUUCGUCAAGAGUAUACUAAGAAGGCGAUUCCAUACAUUGCUACCAAUGAUGGUCGUACUAUUCGUUAUCCUGACCCAGUCAUUAAAGUUGGUGACACAGUCAAGAUUGAUUUGGAAACGGGUAAGGUCGUAGACCACAUCAAGUUUGAGGUUGGCAAUCUCGUAACGAUUACUCGUGGACGAAACACUGGUCGUGUUGGUGUUUUGCAUCACAUUGAGAGACACCAGGGUUCGUUUAACAUUGCCCACGUGAAGGAUUCGGCUGGUAACGACUUUGCCACUCGUCUUGGCAACGUAUUUGUUGUUGGCAAGGAAACCCGUCCGUGGGUAUCUCUACCAAAGGGCAAAGGCGUGAAGCUAAACAUUUUGGAGGAGCGUGAGCUUAAGCAGAAGAAGGCCAAUAACUGA